AUGAAUAGCAACAAUGAUAUUUCCAAAAUAUUACGAAAACAAAAUCAAUGGACGAUAGACGAUUUAAAAAAUGAUAUUGAUGAGAUUCCAUAUUUGUCACCUGCAAAUAUAACCACAAACAAUCAAGAUGAAUCAUUCGUCGGUAAUAAUAAUUCAGGAAUUCUAUAUAAAGACAAUAUUUUAUCAGAUACAGGAUCAAACAUUUCUUCUUUUACUCCUCGUAGAGAAAGUUUUGCGUUAUCAGAUUCAGAAUCAUCAACAUCAUCAUUAUUAAUACCAUCAAAUAUAAGGAGACGAGCACUUUCUACAUCUUCAAGGCCAAAAGAUAGAUAUUCAAUGCAUGAACUUGGAUCUGCUAAAAUUGAUGAUAAUAGUCUUACUAGAAAAUUUUUAUCACCAACAAGACACAGUAUGGCUUUUGAUAAUGGAUUUAGUAUUAAUAAUAUGAUAGUGGAAAAUAAUUCAUUUGAGGAUCGUGAAUGGAAUAUAGAUCGUGAGAGAAUUGGUAACGCUGGUAAAGGUUUCGGGAAUUUAAUUAAUGAUGAAAGUAGAAAAGGAUCUAUUGCUGAUUUAAUCGCUGAUGUAAAAGAUGAGGAUGCUGUCGAGUUAGCAUUGAUUACUCAAAGAAAUGCGGAUCAAAAAAAUCGAAUACAUCAUACUGAAAUGGACAUUGAGAAAGAUAAUACAAAAAAAGAUGGAAAUUUAAAUAUUAGAUUUCAUCCUUCGGAAACAACUUUAUCAAAUUCCAGAAUGUGUAAACAAUUUCUUGAAAAUAAAUAUCAUGUAUUAUUCAAAAUAAUUAAUAAUAACGGAGUAUAUAAUCCUUUACAAAUUAUUAAAAAUAGAAGAAUUGAUAUUGCAAGUGAUGGGGCGAAUCAUAGUUUGGGAUCAAGUGAAAAAUCUAGUGGAGGAAGUAGUAGCAGAUUAAUUUCGAAUAUAAUUAAACCGCGUAAAGCGUUACUACAUCACAAAGAAACGAGUAUUUGGGAUGUAUCACAUAUGGAAAUAAUUAAGGACUAUGAGCAAAUAAAUAAAUUUGAUCAAGUUCUUCUUAAUAAACAAAUGAGUAGUGAUAAUGGCUAUGAAACUAAUAGUGAAGUUGGUAUAUAUAUUAAUGAUAAUGUGGCAUCUGAAUCUGAUGAGCAUAAAAAACGAUUGAAAUAUCGCCGUUUAUCGCAAAUAUUUAUUCCUCCAACACAUGAAAUGCAAGCUAUGAGCCCACAGGGGGGAAUCAGAAGUAAUAGCGGACAACCGAAAAAGACAACCCAUUCUAGAGCUUUGAGUUUGAAUAAUAUAGCAGCUGCAUCCCAAGGAAAGGAAGAUUCUCAUGGUAAAUCAAAAAGAUGGUCAAUACAUUUGUUCAAACGAAAAGAUAAGAAACAUAAAAAUGAAUCAAGUUCAUCCGAUAUUAGCAUUAUACAGGAAGCACCAGACUGUUCCAUAACAUCGCAAACGAACGCUAAAAGUUCAUCUGAUUCAUCUUCAGGUGAUCAAACUUCCCGUAAUUCAAUGGAAGAAGUCCGAUUUUCAUCUGAGAAAGGCAAAGAUCCACUGCGACAUGAAGAUAAAACAUAUAAGGAUGAGGAAAUAUAUUACAAAAAUGGGGUUAAGCAUGAAAAAAUUAUGUCGAAACUAUCCGGAGAUAAGAAUAACGAUCAACUUUCCGUUGAUGAUUGGUCAGAUAUUGCACAAAGUCGCGAUUCGGAAGAUACAGACAACAGCAACCAUUCAUCAACCAUACAUUCGGUAGAUUUUGAAUCGGAUGUGGUCGUCAAUGAUGCGGUUGAUGUUUCAAGACGAAAUACUGCGGGAUAUUUAAACGUCGAGGACCAUUACGGUAAAUUUCUUGGAGAUGAACAACAUGUUGACAAUCGUUUAUCUCGUUCAUCAAGUGAGAACAAAACAGCCGAAGAUAGCACAGGAUCAGAUGAAGAAUAUGAAGAAGAAAUUGUUGGUAAAACAAUUGUUGGUGGUGAGACGGUCCUUGUUAAUCUUGAUAUAUUACCACAGGAGCUCGUAGAUUUAGUGGCCGAGCAAGGCAUUGUCGGUUGUAGUACCAAGAAUGGACACUUCGUUGAAUUGGACGUCGGAUUAAAUGAACUUUUCAAAUUUCGUAAAUUAAUUGGUUAUGGUGUUGACUUGCUGGACCUUCAGAUAUCACUUGUAUAUGAUGAUCCUGAAGAUGGCAAAAGUCUAAACCAGCAAGAUGCGGAUAAAAUAAUUAAAGAAUAUGAUGAACGUAUUGAAGAGACAACUAAAUUUAUAGAAGAAAAUAAGAUGUUACUUACCGAGAGAGACGAUUAUAUAUCAAAAAAUUCUCGUACAUUUGAACACCUUGACGUUCCAUUUGUCCUUUCACCAACAUCGAAUAUUCGAGAAUUUACCUUUGAUAAAAUUAAUCGACACAAUCCAUCACCUUCACAAUCGAUAAUGGCUGAAUGCAAGUUGAACAUUGAUGAAGGAAUUGAAUUAUUGAGUGAUAAACUAGUCAAAAUUGAAAGCAAGAUGAAUAAGCUAGAAAAACAACAUUCUAAUUUUUCGGAAGAAAUGAGAAGCAUGCAAUAUGAAAUCGAAGAGAUGACAUCAGACAUCAACAAUGAUUAUUUCCAUGAGUUGAAAAUUCUUGAAGAUGAAAUUCAUCUUUUAAUAGCUGAAAAAGGAAAGUCCCCUUGGAUUGAUGUAUUUUAUUUGAUGAUGAGUUAUGUGUUAGCGGGUAAAUUCGAUUAA